CAUUCUCCCCCGGCCCAACACGUCCCCAUAUCGAUCGCCAGCUUGCGGCGCUCGCACAAUGCUAACUCCACCGCGCUCGCCGUCUGCUCGUCGGCAGCUAAACAGUGCGGUAUUUCUGGGGUUGGCAGACCCUUCACCGCAUCUGCCCGCUGGCCUGCAUUGCAUGUAUAUGGUGCAUAUUAACGCAGCUGCCGCCCGUUCCCCUAUCAGUCAUCAGUCGCUUUGACACUCUCCACACAGGUGUUGCUGGAUACUCGACCACGUCGACGCGCCUAGCGCCAGAUAAUGCUGUGGCCUGAGUACGAGAUACCAGGACGUCCACGACCGCAAUAGACCUUGGAUCAUGGUCAUUAGUACAUGGCAUAUAGCUCAGCGCACGAGAUGGCCAUGACCGACCCCAAUGACCACUUCCCGACGAGAGGCCCUGUCGUGAUCGGUGUUUCGGCCGCAAUACUCGCCAUAAGCUCGAUAUUCGUUGGCUUCCGGCUGAUCUCGCGGUUCGCCGUGGUACGAAAACCAGGAUGGGAUGACUAUACAAUGAUAGUAGCUUGGAUGCUAGCAUUUGGAGCUUCCUUCUCCAUAUGCUAUGGCGCGACAAAGGGGCUGGGACGGCGGCAGGAGAACAUACCGUCAGAAUGGCUGCCGCCGAUGAUGCAGUCUGCCUAUGUCUUCUCAGUACUAUACAACCCUGCCCUGAUGGCGACCAAGACUUCGAUUCUCCUCUUCUACCUAACAUUGUCGAAGACCCAGAAAGUGUUUCGCUGGGCCACCAUUGCAACUCUGAUCGUUGUCAAUGUAGGUGGACUAGCCUUGACUAUCCUCAACAUCCUCCAAUGUCGACCCGUCAAUGCAGCCUGGGCUUCGCAUGUUCCAAGCUCCGCCUCUUGUACGAACAUCGUCACCAUUUAUCUUUCCUCGGCGCCCCUUAACAUUAUCACGGACUUGGCUAUUUUCUUCUUGCCCAUGCCCAUCCUUACCAGCAUGCGGCUGCCAAAGAAGCAGAAGAUUAUCUUGGUCAUUACUUUCGGCUUUGGAAUCUUCGUCGCCGCUGUGGAUGUCGUGCGCAUUGCAUAUCUUCAGGACGCUCAACGCGAGACGCUCAACACCGCCGCAUCACAAAAGUCUGUGACUGGAAACGAGCAAAGAAAUACAGGCGACUUCGCGUGGUACGCAUCGCUGUCUUACAUGUGGAGCGCUGUGGAAAUCAACAUGGGCAUAAUGUGCGGCUGCGUCCCUGCACUGAAGCCGUUGGUCAGGAGGUUCCUCCCAAGUUGGAUCAUCGAUCACUCCACUAUGCGCGACCGUACAGCAACUCAUACAAGUGAUGAGCCGGUACUUCAUGUUGACAUGCUUGAUUCUCGGCAGCGAUCGGAUCCAUCGACACCACCUGCAUCUCCAAUCAGCAAACCUCCUCCAGCGCGAGGAGGAGGCGGCGGCGACGACGAUCAUUUGGGUAUGAUGGACUUCCUCACAACUCCCGACAUGAACGAGAUGCCGCAACUGAGACCUUCAAAUACCACUGUUACGUAUGCUACGACAGGGCGCACUCGGCGCCAAUCAGCGACCUUCUUCGAUUUCGUAGACACAGGGCAGAAGAAGAACAUUACUCUUCGAAGCAAUCGGGAGUCUGUUUACCCUGUUCUGAUGGUUACCAUACUAUUCUUUGUCUGGGGCUUCGCUUAUGGUUUCCUGGACGUGCUCAACUCUCGCUUCCAGGAGGUUGCUCGCAUGAGUGACUGGCAGACAGUCGGUCAGCACAGUGCAUACUACGUCGGCUACAUCAUUGGGCCUCUGACCUUUGGACGCAUCGUGUUCCGGACCUGGGGUUUCAAAGCCUGCUAUAUGGUCGGUCUAUCAAUAUACGCCUGUGGAACUCUAAUCUUCUGGCCCUCUGCCGUUCUCAACUCAUUUCCCGCAUUCUUGAUAUCGAACUUUAUUACAGGCGCCGGUCUGUCUACCCUGGAGCUUAGCGCCAAUCCCUUCAUAGCGCUUUGUGGACCUCCUGAGUAUGCCGAAGUGCGACUGAAUCUUUCGCAGGCUGUGCAGGCGAUUGGCACAAUCGUUUCUCCACUUUUGGCAAAGAAAGUCUUGUUCCCCCCUAAUACCGAAAACCUGAUUGACGUCCAAUGGACCUAUCUCGGAAUUUCAUUCUUCAACAUCGCCCUCGCAAUCAUUUACUUUUACGUGCCUCUUCCCGAGGCCACUGACGAAGAGCUCGAAAUGGCCAGCCAACGCACUGUGCCCCUCGCGCGCGAGGCUACAAUCAACAUUGGUAGUAAACCCGUCAAAGCUCUCUGGAUAAGUCUUGGAUUGGCGGUUUUCUCGCAAUUCUGCUACGUUGGCGGUCAAGAAUCUACGUCGACCUCCUAUGCAGACUAUAUCCAACGAAUCAGACCAUCUACCGAUCAUGUUGCACAGCAAGCAUAUGGCCACACUGCAUUCGCUGUCUCUCGGUUCUUGGCUGCAGCGAUCGAUAUUUGGGUCAAGCCGCGCUUCAGCUUAUUAUUCUUUUACCUUGGUGCCGUUGCCUUCUCAGCGGCAGCAAUGAAAGCUACGGGAUCAGCCGGCACUGCCAUCAUCAUCAUGGUCAUGUUCUUCCAAGGCCCGUUGUUUCCACAGAUCUUCACUCAGGGUAUUCGCGGUAUGGGUAAGCACACGAAGGACGCCUCAGUGCUGCUCACGGCAGCCAUCGGCGGUGGAGCGGUGUUCCCGCCAAUCAUGUUCGCGGCGCUCAAGAUUCACAACGCACAAUAUGCCUUCUGUGUCAUCGUCGCAGCAUAUGCCGCUGGGUCUCUCUACCCUAUAGGUCUGAAUGCGGUCCCCGCACUAAAAAAGCUUUCCGAUCCCGUACGUGACGAACAAGCGAGAGGACAAUCAGAGGCAGAAGAGAAGAUAAGAGCGUCAAUGGGGGAUCAGAAGGAGAAGCGAUGGAGUAAGAUGCCGGGAAGGGUUAACCGGCGUAAAGAAAAGGACCAAUUACCCUCUGUCGAGCACAGAGAGCGGCAAAGUUGGCCUGAAGGUCUGGAGCCGCGGAGUGGAGGUGGAAGCCUGACGAUUGAACCGGUGCGUAUACGUACGCCGAGCCCGUCGAGUAGCUCGAGCGGCAGGUGACGACGUUGUUAGCAUCCCUUAUAGGCAUGUAUGUGAUUUUAAUCUUUCGACUGCAUUGCGUUAUGGCGUUUCGGGAGAUACCAUGGGUGGUUAUUUGUGCUUUUGGGGGGCUUUGCACAUCUUUUUACUAUACUACUAAGGUAUGCUGUAUCUGUACAAAUUUCGGUUCGACCGACUUAUAUAGCUCGUUGCACAAUUAGUCAAUCAGGAAUAUUAUUUAGUGAGUACCUGCC